UGUGCAGGUUUAUUUGCUUCCAGAGUCUCACUGUAGUGAAGAGGCAAGCCCUGAGAGCCUGAUUUCCGCCUUCAUAAGAAUUUUUCACUUCAGUGGAACUCAGGUCGCCAUUUGGAUUUUCCUCCUGAAAUAUUUAAGAUAGAAAAGUAUAGAAAAGAAUCAUGUCAGAGCACAGCAGGAAUUCAGAUCAAGAAGAACCCUUUGACAGGGAGAUUGACGAAGAUGAAAUCUUGGCCAACUUGUCCCCAGAAGAGCUCAAAGAACUACAGUCGGAAAUGGACGUGAUGGCCCCUGACCCCAGGCUUCCUGUGGGAAUGAUUCAGAAGGAUCAGACCGACAAGCCACCAACAGGAAACUUCGACCAUAAAUCUCUCGUUGAUUAUAUGUAUUGGCAAAAGGCGUCCAGGCGCAUGCUGGAAGACGAACGGGUUCCUGUCACCUUUGUGCCAUCUGAGGAAAAAGCUCAAGAGCAGCGCAAAGAAAUAGACAAAGGUAAUAAAAAUAUGUCCCAGUAUUUAAAAGAAAAGCUCAAUAAUGAAAUUGCUGCACAUAAACGAGAAUCAAAGAGCAGUGACAAUGAACAAGAAACAAAUGAUGAUGAUGAAGAUAAUGAAGAUGAUGAAGACGAUGAAGAAGAUGAUGCAGAAGAUGAAGAAGAUGAGGGUGAUGAGAGUGAUGAAAAAACAAAAGAAGAGGAAGGUGAGGUGAAGGAGCCAAUCAGAAAUGGUGAGAGCAACUGCCAGCAGGUCCCUAAUAAAGCAUUUGAAGAACAGAAAGACAGACCAGAGGCCCAAGAAAAAUUUGAGAAAAAGAUAUCAAAAUUAGAUCCCAAGAAGCUGGCUCUAGAUACCAGUUUUUUGAAAGUAAGUGCUCGGCCUUCUGGAAACCAAACAGACCUGGAUGGGAGCUUGAGGCGAGUGAGACAAAAUGACCCUGACAUGAAGGAACUCAACCUGAACAACAUUGAAAACAUCCCCAAAGAAAUGUUAUUGGACUUUGUCAACGCGAUGAAGAAAAACAAACACAUCAAAACCUUCAGUUUAGCCAAUGUGGGUGCGGAUGAGAACGUGGCUUUUGCCUUGGCUAACAUGCUGCGUGAAAAUCGGAGCAUUACCACCCUCAACAUCGAGUCCAACUUCAUCACAGGCAAGGGAAUCGUGGCCAUCAUGAGGUGUCUCCAGUUUAAUGAGACCCUCACCGAACUUCGGUUUCACAAUCAAAGGCACAUGUUGGGCCAUCAUGCUGAAAUGGAAAUAUCCAGGCUUUUGAAGGCAAACACCACUCUUCUGAAGAUGGGCUACCAUUUUGAGCUUCCAGGUCCCAGAAUGGUGGUAACCAAUCUGCUCACCAGGAAUCAGGAUAAACAAAGGCAGAAAAGACAAGAAGAACAAAAACAGCAGCAACUCAAAGAGCAGAAGAAGUUGAUAGCCAUGUUGGAGAACGGGUUGGGUCUGCCCCCUGGGAUGUGGGAGAUGCUGGGAGGACCAAUGCCCGAUUCCCAGAUGCAGGAGUUCCUCCAACCUCCUCCUCCUAAAUCUCUCCAUCCCCAGACAGCCCCCUUCAGUCGACGAAAUGAAGUAAUGACAAAACCAGCGCAGCCCCCGAAAUACAGGACGGACCCCGACUCCUUCCGCGUGGUGAAGCUCAAGAGGAUCCAGCGCAAAUCACGGAUGCCGGAAGCCAGAGAACCACCUGAGAAAACCAACCUCAAAGAUGUGAUCAAAACGCUCAAACCGGUGCCGAGAAAUAGGCCACCCCCACUGGUGGAAAUCACGCCCAGAGAUCAACUCUUGAAUGACAUUCGUCACAGCAACAUCGCCUAUCUUAAACCUGUGCAACUGCCAAAAGAACUGGCAUAAGCAGUAAUGAAAUAAUCUAGAAGAAGAAACUGAUGUAAUGACUCCUGGAUUAGAGCUUGCAGAUGAUUUCAGCGGUGUACUUCUGGAUCCAGGUGGUGGAACUGGGAACAAUGCUAACAUCUGAUAGGAGUAUUUUGUGAAAGGCAGAAUGCUUGGCUCAAGACAAGAUAGGGGCUGAAAAGGCAGGGGAAAGGAGAUAAAAUAUCAGUCUUUAUCUUGCACCUUUUCUACUUUGCGGUCAGUUUGAGUGACUUACAUGAAAUGUAGAGUCCUCCAACCAAAGUUAAAAAAUUUUUUUUUCCAUAAAUGUUUGCUUUACUAUUGCUUUCUCCUGGUAAAAAACAAUAAAUACUAUAAAAGUUCUAAGUA